GUUUGCGGUCGACCAAAGAGUUCUUCUCUGUGUGGAUGGAUGGACGGCACUCGGCGAGUUUCCCUGGUGACGCUCCCCGGUGUGGGUCUUCACAGUCAACGAGUGAGUGCCGAGGAGACACUGCACUUUGCACGUGUCUAAAGAACGACCUGGCAAGAUGCGUUGGAAGUUUCAAUGGAUGUCAACUAGCCCGGUUGAAGGGUUUCUUUGGAAUAUGUGGUAUGGAUUUUCUGAAGAAUAGGAGAUCUACAAAUGUAUGACAAGAUCUUUGGGACAGCAAAAUCAUGGUAAGACAUCUAUUAACCCAGUUUUCUUCCCAAUAAGUAGCAGGUAUUUUUCUCUACUACAGGUUAUUCAACAAACUUGUUGAUAUUGUUGACACACUAUAGUUUUUAAGGUCAGAAAAGGCAAUUUAUUUUUCCUGGUUUUCCUUGGCAUGCAUAUUGGUCGUAGCCAAUGGUGCAUAUUUCUUAUUCCUAGGUAAUUUUCAGGCGGUUGUUCAACAUAAUAUAAAGUCAAAGUUGUCAUAAUAAAUAAAUAAAUCAAUCAAUAAACAAACAAAUUAUCAUGAUUAAUUCAAUUAGGCCUAACACUUAAUUGUUAGGCCGAACAUUAGGCCCUAAUCUGGAGAUUUUUAAACAAUAAUUCAACUAGGCCUAUACUGCUCUACAGUUGUACCUCAAUAAUUAUUAUGCUUGGGCAUUUAAACCUGUGUAGGCCAUAAUAUGUGACUAAAAUAAGCACAUUCGUGGUUAGCACCUGUAUUCCCUGAUUUAGUAUAUCCAUCAAACAGGCCAUCGCACACACAAAAAAAAAACAACAACAACAACAACAUAAUUGAUUAAACAAAUAUUGUUUUUAACGAAUCAUCGGCCACAGUUUGGUAAUUCAAUUUACAGGCAAGCUGAAUUGUACACUUCAAGGACGUUUUUAUAUUGCCCUUAAAAUAGCGUGCCAGGCAAGAGCUUGAUUCGUCCGUAGAACUGCAACUGCUGCAGCCUACUUCAGCGCCGCAUGAAGCUGUUAACUUUUGUUGCUAAAUAACUCAAAUCAAGGAGCAAGAGUUCGACGAUGUGACCAUUAUCUCAUUUCGGAUAUGAUGAGGGCGAAUGAAAGGCUGAACAAAAUCACCAUUAUGCACCUACCCGAUGACCCAAAAGAUCUGCAGUCGGGAAGAUGAGGUCAAUAAAUGUGUCAAUGGUUUACUGUCUUUACAACUUCAUACAAGUCUUUGACAUCUGAGCAGACAUGGAGGCGACAGCUAUGGUGAAAGCUGUGGUUCUUGCCGCUAAUCAGUAUCACAAUAAUCAAAGCGAUAGUAACUUGGUGCAACUACAAAGACAGCUAGAUACCUUGAUUGGUGUGUCGGCCAGGGGAAAGCCGCUUGUCUUCUUCUCAACCAAGCAACUUCUGCCGACAGAAUGCCUGACCUGUCUGGUAGACAUCUUGAACGAACCGACGAUGCCCAUCGAGUUGGCUCAGCGAACAAUGGUCCUGCUAUUCAACCUGGCAUCAGAUAGUGAGAUUCGUGAGACGCUACAAACUACCUACAAUCUCCCAGCAUCCCUCGCUGCCUACCUCAGGAUUAAUAUUGACUCAACAGGGGAGCAGGUCAUUCUACAGUGCGUGCAGCUUCUACAGCGCAUCACGUAUAACUACCGUAUCCCGUACCUAAACAGCACCAUGGAGGAUCUUGUGAGAUUCCUGAUCUCAAAUGUUCAAGCUGUUGAGAAUGAGUUGACGAUGCCAUGUCUUGGACUGCUAGCUAACCUGUGUCGCCAUAAUGUGGCAAUUCAAACACACAUCAAGGCAAUGGAUAAUCUGAAGACAUUAUACAGAACGUUGAUUCAAUACCUGUCUCAUAGCAGCCUUACGGUCAUCGUCUUCUCCCUCUCCAUCCUCUCCAAUCUGUGUCUCAAUGAAGAACUUGGAGAAAAGCUUUUCAGUGCCAAGAAUAUAAACCAGACAUUCCAGCUAGUCUUCAACAUUCUACUGAAUGGUGAGGGAAUCUUGACGAGGCGUUACGCUGUGGAUGUAUUCGUAGAUCUACUCAAGAGCCCUAAGAUUCAACGCUUUUUGAUUGUGUAUGAACAUUUUCCAAUGUGUCUGCAGCAAGUACUGAAAUUAUUAACCACUCAAGAAGCAGAAACAGUAAGCAAGAUCUUUGAGCUUCUUCUAGCGUUCUGUGAUGUGAGUGACCUUCGACCCACAGUCUGCAAGAACCUGAUGGCCACACCAAACCUACAGAAGGUGGACUCCCACCACCAGGGGUCCAGCAGUCUCUCUUCCUCGGAACCAUUCCUGGUCAUCGUCACGUGGGCCUCUCAGCCUGUAGACCUACAUGAAAGCGUGUCCCUUUUGGCCGUAGACCUCCUGAAAGAAGUUUAUGAGGAGAUGAUAGACUCUGGUCUCAUCAGCAAGCUCUCCCCCCGAGUUGAUGUGGUACUGCCCAUGACGUCUGAGCAGUUGACUCCGCCCAUGGAGCUGGAUGGACCAAUGAUGAAGUACAGAUGCAACAAGCUGACAAAGGUCAUCAACCUCCUGAUGGUUCUUUGUGGUGACACUAAUGUGAGGUCAGAGGUUGCCAAUAUCCUGAACAUCCAGGCCUGCUUCCAGAUACUUGAACAUCAAUUCAACCACAACAGGAUUGGCCUGACCCUCAGUAGGUUGACUGUGGACUCGGACUGGAGUGAAGCUGGUGUGAGCACAGUUCUACACCUGCUGGACCUACUGCUCAAGUUAAGAAGAGAACUGCCUCAGUUGGAUCAUCCUCUGGUCAAAGUUAUGCAGGAUCAGCGUCUGGUCCCCUUUCUGGCUCACGCUAUCACUACAGAUCAGCGAGUCAGUGUACAGACUGCACUGAGACUCAUCAGCACUGCAACGACUCUUCCUGAGUUUCCUACUAUUGUGUUGGGAGAGAGCAUCGCAGCCAACAAUUCCCAGAAGUCUGAGGAGUUGGAGACCCUCAGGAGGCCCAUGAACAUGGAUAACCCUGGCUUCAAUGUGGUCUUGUCUCCGAGGCGUCCCAAGCCAGUCUACCAAAUUGAGAGGAGGAAUGUCCAAACAAACAGCGCCAAGGAAGGGAAGCAGAUGGAGACUAAUGUGCAGAGCCUCAUUGAUAAGAUGCAAUCUGGACUGGAUCUAAAAGACAUGAGGGCCUCGGAGAUCAUGGACGUGUACGAACACAAGCUGACCUCACUAGCCACAAAGGAGAGUCAUCUUCAAGAUCUUCUUGAGGCCAAGAGGCUGGCACUUGCCCAGGCUGACCGGCUGAUUGCUCAGUAUCGAUGCAGACGUGCACAGUCAGAAGCAGAGGCAAGAAAGUUGCGCUCGAUGCUCCAAGAGUCUGAGAAGCGAAGCGAGAAAUACAGGGAGCAGCUCUUUGACACCAAAAACAGAGAGCAGAAGAUGUCUGCAGAGAUUGAGAAACUGACUGCUCGAAACGAGCAGCUCCAGGAGAAACUUGAACUGCUUGAGGUGACCCAUGGAGAGCAGGCACGCAAUUUGGAGACCAUCCAGCGUGCAUUGACAGCUCAAAGGUCUGAGCAUCAAGCAUUGAAGGAGAUGCAUGAAGUGCUCUCAAGACACAAUGAGACACUCAGAGGGCAGCAUGAGAAGGCCACAAUGAGGCUGGACGAGCUUGAAGAUGAGCGCAACAAUCUCCAGCGCAGUCUGAAGGACAAGGAGAAUCGGCUGGCCGACACCGCCCACUCCCUGGAGGAGAAGAGGGAGAGGCUAGCCAAGAUUGAGAAGGAACGAGACGAGUUUGAGAAAGCCUUGGACAAUCUCGGCAUUGAGUUGCAGAAGAUGGAAGGCAAGAAGAAAGAGCUGACCUUACAGGUGUCCUCAUUAGAGGUUCUGUGUCGUCAGCAUGAGUCCGACCUCAGGAAAAAAGAAGCUUUACUCAAACAGUUAAGGGACGAUGUUGAUAAGCAUGCUAAAAUCACCGAGAUGAUACACAGUCUGACCGGGGGUAAACCCAACUCUUGAAGAGAAUCAUGGGUGGGCUCAAAGUUUCUCCACCUAUCUGGAUUUACCCCCCAGCCUAUGGCCUACAAGAGGUGGAGUGGAACCUCGGACCAGUGGUCUCACAACAAUUAAAUUAUUUCAGUUUUAUACUUGAGGAGAGGUGUAUUGUCGUAUGCGGAGACAGUUUGGAUGGUGAACUUUUACUGUAGGGUAUACAUGUUAUCCCUAAUUUAUAUUUAUUGUGCUUAAUAAAGUCAAACCUCCUAUCAAUUUAUUAUGAGGUGUUGAUUAAACUUUCUUAAAAGCGGAACCAUUUCAAUUUACUUUUAGUACAUUGAUUUAGGUUGAAAAAAUGUAUAAAAGGAUCUAGCCUUUGGUUUAACAUAGCGCCCUCUAUUGCUUAUAAUACUUUUGUGGACUGCCAUACGAAAUAAUUUUAUGAACAAAUGUCAGUCUUAAGAUAAAGAAAGAUUGGGUUACUUAUCUAAGGUAUGUAGUAUACGAUUCAACUUCUGGCAGUUUAGCCUAUUGCCAAGAUUUUCAUUUCCAAUAUAAAUACAUGUAUGUUACUUUUUGUGCUGGUGUCAUUUUUAAGAAAAUAUUUUAUGUAAAUAAAAGAAAUUGAGAAUCAGUUUCCAAUACUUUGACUCAUGAAAAGUUAACUUUGGUCUGUGUUACAUACUGCAUUUUAUGGAAAUCUGAUGACUUUGAAAUACAUGUACAGUCAACUCCUGUUGUAAAGAGUAU